AUGCAGGGCCCCGCCGGGAACGCGAGCCGCGGACUGCCGGGCGCGCCGCCUUCCACUGUCGUGUCCGGGGAGGGCCGCUGUGAGAGCGGUGCGCUCAUGCACAGUUUCGGCAUCUUCCUGCAGGGGCUGCUCGGCGUCGUGGCCUUCAGCACAUUGAUGCUCAAACGCUUCAGAGAACCAAAGCAUGAAAGACGUCCAUGGAGGAUAUGGUUUUUAGACACUUCCAAACAAGCCAUAGGAAUGCUGUUCAUCCACUUUGCAAACGUAUACCUAGCAGAUCUCACCGAAGAGGACCCCUGUUCACUGUACCUCAUCAACUUUCUUCUGGAUGCCACCGUGGGUAUGCUGCUCAUCUACGUGGGUGUGCGUGCCGUCAGCGUCCUGGUGGAGUGGCAGCAGUGGGAGUCCCUGCGUUUUGGCGAAUAUGGAGACCCUCUGCAGUGUGGAGCUUGGGUCGGGCAGUGCGCUCUUUACAUCGUGAUCAUGGUUUUUGAAAAAUCCGUUGUCUUCAUCGUCCUCCUAAUACUGCAGUGGAAAAAGGUGGCCCUGUUGAAUCCCAUUGAAAACCCUGAUCUGAAGCUGGCCAUCGUCAUGCUGAUCGUCCCCUUCUUUGUCAAUUCUUUGAUGUUUUGGGUAGUAGAUAAUUUCCUCAUGAGAAAAGGGAAAACGAAAGCUAAACUAGAAGAAAGAGGAGCCAACCAGGACUCAAGGAAUGGGAGCAAGGUCCGCUACCGAAGGGCCGCAUCCCACGAGGAGUCUGAGUCUGAGAUCCUGAUCUCGGCUGACGACGAGAUGGAGGAGUCAGACGUGGAGGAGGACCUCCACAGACUGACCCCCCUCAAGCCUGUGAAGAAAAAGAAGCACCGCUUCGGGCUGCCCGUAUGAUGCAUUCCCAUGCCGG